CAAGCCUUGGCCUGAGCCCCACCCAGGGCUGAGCUGUGGGGCAGGCAGGAGAGCAGCAGGCAAGACCAUCUCUGCAGGUGCAGUGAAACCCUGGCCUAGAGCAGCAGGUGUGAGAGGCCAAACCUGCAAGCUAAGGCACAGGUAGUGGCAGAGAGGAGUAGAAGCGCCCCAUGGGGAACACACUGAACUGUUGUGUGUGCACCAAGUGGGGCUGGCACCGGGGGCGUGUGUGGCCCUGUGAGCCUGAGAUCUGUGAGGCAGCAACUGGGAACACAACGCCAGUAGCACCAGUGCCUGCUGCUGUAGAGCCUACUGAAUUUGCUUUUGAAGCUAUUGAAAGCCUCCAUGUACACCACAUCCAAGACCGAGAGAUGACAGAAGAUAGCGCUUUGGAGCCAAACCCUUCUGAUGAUCCAAGGGCAGGCACAAUCUUCUUGCAAAAAGCUCAAACAGAUGUUCAAGAAAAGAGAAAGAGCAACCACAUGAACCAUGUACCCACUAAGCAUUUUAUUAAAAAGUGCAGCUCAUGUUCAACCAUAUACCUAGAUGACAGCACAGCCAGCCAGCCUCAUCUUACAACCGUAGUAAAAUCUGUGGCCUUAGCAAUAUAUUAUCACAUGAAGAAAAGAGAUGCAGAUAAAUCCCUCGAUAUAUUUGAUGAGCAAUUACAUCCACUCACUCAAGAAAAGAUGCCAAAGGAAUACUUUGAGUAUGUUCCUGAACACAAGUUUAUUUACAGAUUUGUCCGUGUUCUUUUUAAAGCCACAAACCUAACAGCUGAAUUUGCAAUAGUAACUUUGAUUUACAUAGAAAGACUAAGUUAUGCGGAGAUAGACAUUUGCCCAACCAACUGGAAGAGGAUUGUCAUGGGAGCCAUUCUUCUCGCCUCCAAAGUUUGGGAAGAUGUGACUAUAUGGAAUGGGGAAUACUGCAGGCUCUUUGGGAAGACUAGCAUUGAAGACAUGAAUGAGCUUGAAAGACAGUUUUUGCAGCUAAUUGACUAUAACGUCAAAGUUUCUGGAAGUGUUUAUGCCAAGUACUAUUUUGAUCUUCGAUCCUUGGCAAAGGACAAUAGCUUGCAUUUGCCAGUUUAUCUUCUCAACAAAGAAAGGGCACAGAACCUGGAAGCUAUUUCAAGGAUGGAAGACGCCAAAAUCUUUUAUAGUGCUACCAUGAGAAGGUCCUUCAGGGCUGAUAAUUUCAUUAAUUUUCAGCGCUCUAAAGCCAUUAUCUCUUGAAGGAAGAAAUGAGGGGCUAUAUCAUCCGAACCCCUCAUCAAAAAAGACUGGAAAAUAUUACCUCUCCUGCCCAACAGCUAGAAAAGUUAGUAUUUUCAAAAGAAGAACAAUCUCAAAGUUGAGAGGCUUGUGGACAACUAGGAUUGCACUCCACAGGAAAAAAAUGGGACCUUUGCAGUGCAACAACUCUCGUACACUCUUCUGUCUUUUUAAAUGUAAACAGGUAUAAAAACCACUCCAAAGUGAAGACUUCUUGCCCACACAUAAAUAUCUUUUUUAGUGUGUGGACUAAUAGCUGUGAACUAUGUAAGGGUUUUAAAACAAUAGUUUAAAUUUUUAGAUUUUAGACAUAAUUUUCUGUUUCUUUUCUAUUUUUAUUUUCCCCCAAUAUUGCUGCAGAUGCAUUUAAAAUAAAUGCAGUAUUACUAUUAAAACAUGGGACUGUAACAACUCUUGAAGCCACUAGAAGCAGACUGCUCAUUUUCAGGUGUUGAAGGGUUCUUCCUGCCUACUUUUACCAUCGGAACUGCUCGUCACUGGCAAUCAUUUUAAACAAAAGCUGAUGGAGGACAUUUGCCAUUCAUAUCAGCAUUACUUGCUAGCAUUUUAGCAUGUU